CAAUCUAAUUGAACAAGGCGGACGGACGAUGGGAAAACCACGAGUCUACGUCGAAGACUAUGUAUCUGCAACAGAAGAGUUAAUCAAGGAAAUCCGUGAAAUAAUCGACAUCACGGAAACGUAUAUGGGGAAGUACGUAGAUAUUCCCGCCAUACUGAAACUCCUAAAGUACCCGCUCCCACGCGCAUGCGACGUGUUUCCGGAACUAAUCACCGACGAUAAUAAUGAUGACGAUGACGAUGAUGACGGUGAUGAUGAUGAUAGUGACGAUGAGUUUGUGGAGAUGAUGUCGAAGAAGGUUGAACAAUUGGAUAAUGAGCUAGACCAAGUGUCGAUGGAGAUGACGCAGACUGUGAUGAUGAUGGGGCACCUGGCUUUAGGUAAGGGGGGUGUCCACCCCCAUAUGCAUAUCCACAAUGACAAGAUUGUGUCUAUAUCAAAACGGUUCGCCACCCAAGUGGACAAGGCUAUCGAGAUUUAUCACGAGAAAUUGGGUCUCCCACCUUACGUCAAUCCAAUCAUCAAGCCAAUCGCCAAACAUGGUAGUAGGUACUUUCUCGUCGAGAUGUUUAAACGGAUGGAACAACAGCAUUCGGAAUAGGCCCAUCAUGUCGGAUUGGUUGAUUUUAGUUUUUUUUUUUU